AUGCUUCAACUUUUUGCCCAAAAAGGACUCUCACUUGAAGAAUCUGUUGCCAUCAAUGGGGCACACACACUAGGAAUAACACACUGCUUCAGCAUCGAAAGCAGGCUAUAUGAUGAAUCAAAGAAUGAUGAACCCAAUGAACAUGAGUUUGAGUUGUACUUGAAAUUGAGUUGUCCAAAAGGCUCUUUAACCUCAAACGUUAGCUUUGUGCUUAAUGAACCUACAACACUCACCUUUGACAAUCACUACUUCAUCAAUGCCAUCAAUGGCCGUGGAGUUCUCAGGAUCGACGCUGAAAUCCCUUUUCAUCCUCUUACGGCUCCCUAUGUACAGCGUUUUGCAGCUGAUCAAGAUGCAUUUUUUAAGGCUUUCUCCUCUGCUUUUGUAAAGCUUUCUACUUAUGGGGUUCUCACUGGUUCUCAAGGCAUGAUUAGAAGACAUUGUAAUGCGUUGAGUUGA